GGACGCGCAGCACGCAGCGGGCUCGGGAGCGCGCGCGGAGGCGGUCCGGUCGCCUCAGGUUCUCUCUCCCAUCCUCCGUUUUCGGUUGCUAGCUUAGCUUAGCUCCAGAAGGAGAGCGAGCGAACGGGGCGGACCAGCAGCGACGGACACGUACUUUACGCCGCCGGAGGUUCAAUAACGCCGAUUUGUGCGCGACUCGACAGGCGCUUGACGAGGGCCAGGAUGUCCAGUGAAGUGCAGAGGCCGGACGACAGCCCCAGCACGAGCGGGGGCAGUUCCGACAUUGAGCAGCGCGAGUCGGCUCCGCCAGAGCAGGAACGAGACCAGACGCAGCCCAAGAAGAAGGAAACGAAGAUUUCCAGCAAGACCGCAGCCAAGCUCUCCACCAGCUCCAAGAGAAUUCAAAAGGAACUUGCCGAAAUCACACUAGACCCACCGCCAAACUGCAGUGCCGGUCCAAAGGGAGACAACAUAUAUGAGUGGCGGUCCACGAUCCUUGGACCUCCAGGAUCUGUGUACGAAGGAGGCGUGUUCUUUCUCGACAUUGCCUUCACACCCGAUUACCCCUUCAAACCACCCAAGGUAACGUUCCGCACCAGAAUCUACCACUGCAACAUUAACAGCCAGGGUGUGAUCUGUCUGGACAUCCUGAAGGACAACUGGAGUCCUGCCCUAACCAUCUCCAAAGUGUUGCUGUCCAUCUGCUCUCUGCUCACAGACUGCAACCCUGCUGACCCCCUGGUAGGGAGCAUCGCCACGCAAUACUUGACCAACAGAGCAGAGCACGACAGGAUAGCCAAACAGUGGACCAAGCGCUACGCCACAUAGGCCUCUCCAGAGCCCUACCCCCUCCCUCCCAAAAAAAAAAAAAA